CCUCUGAGAUCCGGAUAUCACUUGUCCUGAACUGUGAGUGCAGAGAGAAAACACCAUGGGCUUUCUCCCUUUCUUCUCUCUUGAGACAUGGGCUCUACUCGUCAUGUUUAUCAGCCUGUUUAUUAUGUAUGGCUACUGGAGUUAUGGAGUAUUUGAAAAGUUGGGGAUCCCUUGUCCAAAGCCGAUAAUGUACUGGGGCACAGUUACCAAAGGACACAGCGUUUAUUACAUCAAGGACUAUAUGUCCUUUAAACAGUUUGGAAAGGUCUGGGGUAUGUAUGAGCUGAGGACACCUAUGUUGGCUGUCAUGGAUGUCAGCAUGCUGAAAACCAUCCUGGUGAAGGAGUGUUUCUCUCUCUUUCCCAACCGCCGGAACCUUCGUCUAAACGGGGACCUCUAUGAUAUUGUGUCUCUCUCUGAGGAUGAUAACUGGAGACGAAUUCGUAACAUCCUCACUCCUGCGUUCACCACGGGGCGAAUUAAAGAGAUGUUUGAAAUUAUGAAGCAACACUCCCGCAAGCUGACAGACAGCUUGAGGCCAAAAGCGCACAAUGAGGAAGUUAUUAAUGUGAAAGAUUUCUUAGGAGCCUAUUCACUGGAUGCAAUGGCAAGCUGUGCAUAUAGUAUAGACACUGACACGAUCAAGGACCCUUCACAUCCUUUCAUAAAUCACGCUAAGAAGCUGUUAAGAAUUUCCAUACCUCUCUUCCUUAUCCAGGGAUUCUUCCCAUUUCUUCUUCCUCUCCUUGAGAUAUCAGGGUUCUCUCUCUUCCCUAAGUCUUGUGUCGCUUACUUUAAAUCUGUCCUGGAGAAGGUCCGAGCAGAACGACGUGGAGGUUCCCAUCAGACUCAGAUGGAUUUCCUUCAAUUGAUGAUGAACUCCCAGCAAGAGAAGCAGAACAAGGGUCUAAGCGACCAUGAGAUCAUGUCCCAGGCCAUAAUCUUUGUUGCUGCUGGUUUCGAUACAAGUGGCACCACUCUGGCUUUCUUGGCCUACAACCUGGCAAAAAAUCCUGAAGUCAUGAGACGCCUGCAGGAGGAGAUAGACACCACUUUUCCUAGCAAGGCUCCAGUCCAGUAUGAAGGUCUGGUGAAUAUGGAGUACCUUGACAGUGUGGUCAGUGAGUCUCUACGGUUAUACCCUCCAAUAGCACGCAUAGAACGUGUUGCCAAAGCAACUGUCGAAAUCAAUGGAAUCACUGUACCCAAAGACAUGAUUGUGACGGUGCCAGUCUAUGCACUGCACCGUGACCCUGACCUGUGGCCAGACCCAGAGGAAUUCAAACCUGACAGAUUUAGCAAGGAGAACAAACAGAGUAUAAACCCAUAUGCUUACCUGCCAUUUGGAAUAGGGCCCAGGAACUGUAUUGGGAUGCGAUUCGCUCUGGUGAUGGUUAAACUGGCCUUGGUGGAAGUUCUGCAGAACUACAGUUUCUCCAUCUGCAAGGAGACAGAGAUCCCUCUGGAGAUGGACCCUACCGGCCUGCUUGGACCCCUACGACCAAUCAAACUGAAGCUGGUGGCCCGCUCCAUUGCCUCAGCAAAUGUAGACAAUUAACGAAUCAGAUGUCCAAAAAUGAAGAUACAAAGAUACAUCACAGGCCUGCAUGUUAGGGAUGAUCAACUCAGGCAGUCUUCUUGAUCGACACAAAGUUUUUAUUUUUGACAGAGGACUGCUUAAGACUAGUAUGGAGGAGCAUUAGGGUCAAAUAAUAAUGAUAAUAAUAAUAGUAAUAAUGACAAUGAU